CUCUUAUCCACCACCACCACUCACCAUUAAAACCAGACACCCAAUGCUCACUCUCCAAUCCAAAACCCUCCCAAAACCCUAGCUUCCCUCCAACCUCCCAAAACCCUAGCUUCCCUCCAACCUCGAAACCCAUGUCUUCCCUUCUCCAAUCUUCAUGUCUCUCUUCUCUCAUCAACCCCAUUUCUUCCACCAAACCCUCCCUCUUCACCUCCACAACCCCCAUCCUAAAUCCCCAAAUCAGACCCCUCAAAGUCUCCUUCUCUCAAUCCCAAUCCAAUGCUGAAUCUUCACCAUCAAAUUCACCAAAUUCAGGGGAGGGUCCCCUAGAGGUCAAACCGGGCAGUUCUGACCCGGACAAGCUCUCAUUUGCCAGAGCUAAGGAGUAUAAGAAGACGACAAAGCAGGAAAUGGAUGGAAAUCCAGGUUUAGGGUCUGAGGGAAAUGGAAAUGGGGGUGGUGAAGCUCAGGAGAUGCCGGUUUCAGUGAAGAUUGCGUUGGAAAAAGCAAAGGAGUAUACGAAGAACAAGGGGGUUGUGGGUGAUAGCAGGAGUGAAGCAUUGUCAGAAUUGACAGGAGGAAAUGCGGGGAAUUUGGGAAAUGGGAUUGUUGAGAAAGGGGACGAUAAGAAGGAACAACUUGCAAUUUCAAGCAUUGAUUUUGUGGGGCUCAACUUUUCUGAUAAGAAGACAGGCAGGGGACUGCCAGCUGGGUUGGUUCCAGUCUCAGACCCCUUUCCAGAAGGGGACUUGCCUGGGGUGGAGUUGAUUGUUGGGGACACCAGCAAGUUUGAGGAUGCAACUUCUUCAAAUCCCAGGCCAACCCAAGAUGAUAACUCGGAUUUGUACAAGCCAAAGGUUUCUACAUGGGGAGUUUUUCCUAGACCCAACAACAUCUCAAAAACAUUUGGUGGUGGAAGAGUAAUUCGCCCUGGAGAGGUGCUUGAAACUGCAGAUGACAAAGCUGCUAAAGAAGCACGCACUAGACAGUUACUUGCUGCAUACAAAACUAAGAUUGGAUUAAAUAUCGAUCCAAAGCUAAAGUCUGAAUGUGACCAGGCAUUGAAAAAUGGUGACUCCUUGAUGAAUAUUGGAAAACUGAAGGAAGCAUUGCCCUAUUAUGAGAAAGUCAUGGAUAAGUUGACAUUUCAGAGUGAACUUCAUGGAUUAGCUGCUUUGCAGUGGUCUAUUUGUCUAGAUUCACUCAGCAGGCCAGAUGAGGCUCGAGUUAUGUAUGAGAGGCUUCAAACUCACCCAAAUGCCCUAGUGAGCAAGAAAGCCAGGCAGCUCAUAUUCGGAUUCCAGGCCAUGGAAAUGAUGAAGGUUACAAGCCAACUUCCUCUAAAGAACACAGGCUACCAGAAUUUUUUUGAAGCAUUUAUUGAAGAUAAAGCAAAUUACUCUCUAAAGGACAAUGAAGUUGAACUUGGCCAAGCUCUCCCAUAUAUUAUUUUUCUUGUAUCUCCCAUUUUUAUUGUGCUCCUCAUUGCUUUACAAAAGGGAACAUAGAUAGGAAGUUGAGAACAUGAAAAUUGCAAUUGGGUUGUAAGUAACAAAUGUUAUCCUUCCAAAUGUACAUUCACCUCAGUUACUAUUUUUACACACAAUACUAUUGAUCAAGUGACAGAUCGAAUAAAUAUCAAGAGCCAUGCACAUACUUACAAGAAAA